CUCUUCCAUCGCUUAUCCCCCAUAAUGGGAUGUGGCUCCGAGUCGCUCUGCUGGUUUAAGCUGCAGCAGGUCAACAUAUUCAGCUGCGGGAGGCGGCGCGACAUGGGCUGAGCCUAUUUGCAGGGAAAUGAGCUGCGGACUGGGCGCCGCGCAGAGGUCGUGAUUUCUCCCGACGAGGAGCUUGAGGAACGGGCGGGCGGGCCUCGGACAGACACGGCGACACGUGGAGAUGCGUGGCCAGCGGGAACCAGCGGUCGUCGGGCGGAUUAACCGGGGAUCGGGUUAGCGCCGCCCGGACCAGGACUGGUCCAUUUUUUUUCUCCGCGCACACUCCUUGGAAACCUUGCGAUGCGCGCCGUAGAGGAAGCGGGUUUCGCAGACAUCCGGAAAACGCAUCCAUGCGCCGCGGCCGCCCCGCAUCCCGAUAUGCUCCCGACCACACAAAAGCCUGGCUUCAAUUAGCUCCGGAACGGAACCGCACACGCGCACCGGCAUGGGUGCGUCGACACGGUCACUGCGCUUCUUUUUGCGGUCGAGGCUCGUGCGUGCAGUUCUACAAUGAGGCCGUCGGGGAUGAUCAAGUGAGACUUUUUAAUUGAUACAUAACCUGCCAAUAUGGCUGAUCAGAGCAACAUUCAGUCCGCCGCCUCCAAGAGCAUCCGGCCCUUUAAAUCCAGCGAGGAAUACCUGUACGCCAUGAAGGAGGACCUGGCUGAAUGGCUCAAGGCGCUCUACGACCUGGACGUCACUGCGGACACCUUCAUGGAUGCGCUGGAGACGGGCUGCGCCCUGUGUCGGCACGCCAACACCGUCAACCGCACCGCGCAGGAAUUCCAGCUGGAGAACCCGGAGGCUGCCAAGUCCAUGAAGGUGCCGUCUAAGGACGUGGUCUUCCAAUCGCGAAACGUCAUCCCCGGCUCGUUCCUGGCGCGGGAUAACGUGUCCAACUUCAUUACGUGGUGCCGACAGGAGCUCUGGAUCAAGGACGUCCUCAUGUUCGAGACCAACGACCUGGUGGAGAGGUGCAACGAGAAGAACUUCAUCCUGUGCCUGCUGGAGGUGGCGCGCCGGGGCUCCAAGUUCGGCAUGCUGGCCCCCAUGCUGAUCCAGCUGGAGGAGGAGAUCGAAGAGGAGAUCCGGGAUCAGGAGAGCCUGCGGGCCGAGGGAGUGGAGCCGGCCGCAGAGAGCCCACCCAGCAGGAGUUACAGUCGGAAGGAGAGCUGUCAGAGUGUGGAGGACGAAGGGGAACCAGACCCAGAACCGUACGUCUGGCCGCAGAAGAGAGUUUUGUGUGACAUGCGUAAUUUGGAUGAGCUGGUACGCGAGAUCCUUGGCCAGUGUUCCUGUCCAGCUCAGUUUCCCAUGAUUAAGGUUUCCGAGGGGAAGUACAAAGUAGGAGACUCCAGCGCGCUGAUCUUCAUCAGGGUCCUGCGGACUCAUGUGAUGGUGCGUGUUGGAGGGGGCUGGGACACAUUGGAGCACUAUUUGGACAAGCAUGAUCCGUGCCGCUGCUCCGCGUUCGCACACCGCUACCACCAGGCUAAAGCAAGCGGCCAAGGUCAGGGAGCCCAGAGCAAGUCCUCCAGCGCCCACUCCUCCCGCUCCACCAGCCCAGGCCCACACUGGAGGAAUGAGGGCAUCUCCACUUACAAACCCACAGACAGACGCUCCUUGGAGCCUCUCUCUGCUCCGAGCGCAUCCUCCUCCUCCUCCUCUUCCUCCACACGGCCGGGUCGAUCCCAAAACGCCUCCGUCCGGACGGAGGUGGACGGCGCGGGAGCUCGAACUCUGCUCCCGAAACUGCCAAGAGAUCGCUCAGAGCCACGCCACUUUAAUCCCUUAAGGAAUAAAGAAACGCUGACAAGACGUCUCUCUGGAGACAGUGACUCUUCUACAGCCUCCUCUAAAGGAGGAGGAGGAGGAGGGCGGCAGUCACUUGGUGGACCUUCACGGCGCUCUGGUGAAAAGGUGGUACUGAUUGUCAACCGCAAGGAAGGGAAGCAUAUGAUCGAGAGGGGGGGAACAGGCAAUCAAACUCCAUCCACAAGUUCCUCAACGCCCCGGGCACGCAGCCAGUCACGGGAGCGUUCCUCACUUCCACCCACCCUCAAACCCAACCCACCGACGGGAUCUUCUGAUGGUACACGGACGUCUCGCACCGACAGAGGGCGCUCUGUUGGUAACGAGGGCCCGAGGAGGCUCCAUGUUCCUCGUUCUCACAGCCAGAGUAAGUUAACUAGUAGCGCUCUGUCGAGUGACGGCAGCCCUUCGCACAAUUCCUCUCCUAGGACCGCCCAUCCUCCACCAUCAGAAAGACAAGUGGAUCUGCCUAAACAGGUAGCCCCGUCAUCUCCCAGAGGGGGUGUUGGUUUCAAUAAGAAGCAAUCUUUGUCUUGCACGAACUCGCCUGUUAAAGGAGUCCAAAGCAACAACAACAGCCCCAUCAAGAAGACUGUCACUACUCCUAGACCCCAAGCACCCCAUUCACCAUCUACAGGAAGAAGCAAACUACUACCGCCUGUCUCCUCUGGAGGGCGACGUCCGCCACACUCAUCUCCUCGCAACUCUAACAACUACGCCAUUCGCUCGCCUCGGCUGCCACAGUCUCCCCGGUCGGCUGGGCGAGGCCAGCCUAAAAAUAGCUCUCAUCUGGAGACCCAGGUGGCUGGAGACGAGGGGCUUGGGUCAGGCUACCAGAUACUGCCACCAUUGGACCCCCAGAAAGAACAGGACCUCUAUCGCAGCUUUGAGGCUGAGUUUUUGGCCAACACCCAGCAGGUCAGGGAAAAUUUUACUGGUAAGGCUGUAGGAAGAGCAACCCCACAGGUAGUACCUGCACUGACUGAGCCUGCUGUAUCCGAUUCUGCUUCCUCUUCCUCUAACUCCUCCACCUCUUCUGUGAACGUGGGUGCAAAGACUGGACCUCUGCCUGACCUCAAGAAAACCACGAGGACUAACCCCCGACAUUUCCCACCAGAGGACCCUUUAAAUAUUCUUUACGGACAAAAUCUUGGAGAACUUGAUGGUUUGGGUCAAGCCGAGCGUGACCUCUGGGGGGAACGUAAAGGGUGUCUCAAGAAGCUCCCGGCAAUUUCUAGUUUAGUACAGGAAAGGGAAGCGCCAACUUCUUUGCCUGGGCUUGGAGUGACUGAGUCCGAUGAGCUGAUGAAUCACAUCCCGUCUCUACCUGCUAUGGAUAGCAGGAAUAUGAAUGGAGAACAUGAGUGUUCUCCUACAGGGGGGCUCUCGGGUCAACAACGUCCUCUUGCCUUGAGCUCAGUGACAGAAGGAGAUGUUUCACUAGAAAAUCACCAGCCAAAUCUACCUUAUGAUCUUGAAAAUGGAGACAGCAGUGAUUACGUGCUGCCUCCAGAGGGUUGUCAAUUACCUGUACCGCUUGCCCACUCUGAGGACUGCUCUUUCCAGGAUUCUUCAAGUGAAAACUCCUCAAUGUCCUUCAGCUUGAGUGAAUCCCGCUCUGGAUCUCCUCCACCGUCAGUAAAAAUAACCAAUGGAGAAAAGGGACAAAGCGAUGAAGUCUCGAUCUCUGAGCACAAACUGGGUGUCAAGUUAAGGCCUCACGCUGACAAUAGGCUGCAGAACACCCCCUCACGAAUCCCCACACCUGUCAGACACAAAAAUGUUCACACUAAUAAAACUCUGUCACCUUGCAACACGCCGCCACUGUCUCGUAAGAGCUCCCAUCCUGCUUCAUGCAAGAACUUGCACCAAAAGUUCACAGACAUGAUCCAUCCUCAGUCUCACUCCCCAGCCGUAGGCAACAAAGACUGCUCCUACCCUGCACAGGGGAGCCUUGACACUGAAGCUAUAGCACAAAACUGACUGCUGCAGCAGGUUGUUUGACUACUGUGUGAUAAAAAGGCUUAAAUUUGAGCUAAAGUGUUGGUCAUUGCAUGUUAAACAUACCUUUUCAUUUAGCUUUUUCUAGAGAUGCGCCAAUGAGAAAUCUGUGGCCGAUUAGAAAUCUUGGACCUACUGAUACUGAUUUUAGUUGACAGCAGUUUUUCUUGAAGAACUCUGAAAAACAAUGUUCAAAAUACAGCAGUUGCCUUAAAACAGGGAUUUACUAAUUUGAAACCAAGACAUUUUAAAGAGUUGUAGACUGUCUUUAGUAUGUUAGAUUAGCAUUUAGCAUGGUUAGUAAAGUUAGCGUUAUUAGCUGUAAGCAGCAUUCCCUGUGUGUUGUCCCUAGAAAAUGUAGAUGCUAACCCUAAUGUUAAGCUUUGAAAAAGGUUUUCCAAAAUGCCAAAAUCCUUUCCAGAUCCGUUAUUUUCCAUGACUAGCCGAGGUUGGAGACUCAAAAACACGAGCCGGUGUAACUUUGCUACCGGCUGUUUAGCCUUUCUGUUAUCUACCGAAGUCACCUCUGGUAUAAGUUUAGUUUAGUUUUUCUUUGCCAAAUCUGCUAAAAAGUCCACAAGCCAUGAGUUGGGAUCCUGUGGCAGAAACCUCAUUUUUGUAAUUUAAUCUUUUGGAUACAAAGUGGCCAAAAGACUAAAUUACAAAAUGAGCAGAACCUGCGGAAGUCUGGCAGCCUGCAUUAGCAGCUGACAUCCCUGUGGGAGGACUUUCCCGUCUGGAAGCUUGUUAAACAUUUUGUGCUGCCUUUUACUACUUUGUCUAAAACUUCCCUGGCAUUAAAAUACAUUCUUCUUCACUCGGUAACAACUUCAGCACUAAAGAGUGUUGUGGUUUAGGGCAACCUUGUAAUGCUUUGUAUCGUUCGGAAAAAACAUCCAAAUUUUGAGUUUCUCACCAGCCGGUCGCACUGUUAAUCAUCUGAUCCCAGUCACUAACCUAUUUCCAGGCGCAUCUGCAUCCUUUCCCUGCGGGGUGGUCUACUUUGCUUUUUUUGCACUCAAGCCAAAUUUUUUUAUUACCAAAGGAAUGGUCUUUAUUUUUGUUAUGACAUUGUUUGCAUGGAGCUCUUUUUGCCAAUCAUAUAGCGUUUUUGUUUUUUUUUAUCUUUUUCUCCUAGCAGCACACAUUAUUACAACUGACAUCCAGAGAUAGAAAGAGCAUCUGUGCUGCCAUGUGCUGCACCAUGGGGCAUGGUAAAGUGCCAGGUAUUUUAAGCUUCACCUUUAUAAAACUGCACUAACACUAAACUAUAGUCAAAUGAACCCUUUUCUGUUGUGGUUGGUCGUCGUCUCUCAGCUUACUUUAGUAAUACUGGUACUAAAACUUUUAGAUUAUACACAGUAGUUGUCUUGAUCUGGGGUUUAGUAUAUACAUACAUAUAUAUAUAUAUAUAUAUAUACAUUUUAAUAAGUGUAAUACACAUACUCUGCAAUCUAGAUUCAGCUGACCUCUAGACACAUACAUUACCAACUAAUUUCUGUACAGCAGUCAGUCAUUGUAGUCGAGGUUAAUGAUAUUUAUUUAAUAAUUACAUUUUGUCUAAUCGGGUUGUUUUAACGCAGUGUUUUAAUUUAUGGAUUAUUUGUGGAAAAAAAUAUAAAGAGCAUUGAAAUUUGUGUUAUUUGCGUCAUUGUCACUGAAACUGAAAAGUUGAGUGCUCCGUCUCUGACCAAACGGUCACUCCGGUGUUUUAACAAAUACGGGGAGCAGGAAUCACACGCUGACCAGAAUGAAUGUGUAAAUACGUGGUGGGAGGGUUUGUUUUUGUAAAUAGAAGGCAUGGAAUAUACAGUUUUAAUGUACAUACUUUGCUGAAAUAAGGCCUGUGCUGCCUUAGCUAUGCAAUUCAUACAUGGUGUUGGAAAAUGCCUUGACAACUGCCUUUGCCUUAAAACGUUUUGUCAUGAAUUUGUUUUUUUUUAAUGUUUUUUUUAUUUUGCUUGAAUUUGGUAACACUACAUUACCAUAAUUUAUUCUUUAUUGUAAAAGAAAUGGAAAGUAUUGAGUGUGAAUGUCGGGAAAAAUUGAAGAACAUUGACAGUUUUUUUAAUUGUACAAUAAAUUUGAUGUUGAAUCCCAGUCCUUGAGAGACAUACUAAUGUAUUCCAUCCAGACUGUGGUGGAGAUUAGACAACCUGGUGGGGACAUCUAGUGGCUAAAACAGACAUUUUUGCUGUAAUUCAUUCCUGCCUGUUUAUAUUGUAAAGCCCUGGUUGCUGAUUAGAACCAGCACCAACGGAAUGACCUAAUGGAAAUGGAUGGAUGAAGCAAGACUGUAACUUGAGUUUGAGCAAAGGUCUUGAAUAAUUCAUGCUGUAACUGGAUAUUAAGUUUUUUUUCUUCUUGUGUUUUAUUCCUGAAGCUGCUGUUGUCAUCAGUGCAAGAGACCAGAGUCCAGUUACAGACCAUGACAGUACUGUUUUAUGGAACUAAUGGGUGCAGAAUAUGUAAAAAGAAUUUUAUAAGUUGAAGAGUUUUUGCUGAAACUUCAAAAACAUCUUAGAACGAGGGGGUUUAGUGGGAAUACUGUGGAUUGUAUGCAUGUUUUUUGCAGCACACUGUAAGUGAAUGGGCUAAAAAAGAAGGUCUAGAGAUUGUGAGUAUGUAUGUACAUAUGGUAUUGUAACUUGUAUAGAGUUGGAGUAAAGAAGGCAAGGGUGUUGAUCUAAUUUAUUUAUUUAUGGUAUCAGCUCUCAAUGGACUCAAAAGACUUCUGCAUCCAGUGGACCGUCGGUGAAUGGGGAUUUGGAGGAUCCAGUAAUUUGAGGGAAUUUGUUCAAAUAUUGCCACCUAAGAAUUGAAAAUAUCAAAUAAAAAUAUGAGUAUUUGGUCUUGUCUCCAACUUUUGAAGAUGUUCAUAGCUACAAAUAUUUGAUUCUUGGUUAGUCUUGUUGGAGCCAUUGGUUUUUACUUGAAUAAACCCGUGUUUUGAAUUUAUUUUGGCGCAUUCAAUUUUGAUUCACUGGUAGUUUAAAUCUACCAGCUAUGUAAACUGUGACAUCGAGAAAACAUGUGAAAAUAUUUUAACAGUUAUAAAAUUAGUUAUUUAAUUGAAACAUUUUUAAAUGUCAUAAGAUUCUCACUUUUAACCUGAAUCAGUGAAAUCUGAAUGUUUGUGAUGUGAUGCCAUUUUACCAAAAGAUGCAUAGAUUGCUUGAUACUGUGUAGUAUGUCAGUAUACAAGAGCGAUGCUGAAAAAAGAAGUUUCUUUUUUUGAUUCUUAAAAUGCUUUCUUGUAAUAAACACUUUUCUUCUGAA